AAUGUCAUCGAAGUCAGAGGAAAGUGGUUUAAAUGAAAUAAAAUGUAUUUUUUUUAGCGAAUUUGAUCCUGAAAUUGGACCAUUAAUUCGUUAUCAGACGCCCCCUGACUAUGUGAGCAAAGAACAGUUUGAUUGUAUCAGAAACUAUGUUAUUACUAAACAAGAUUUACAUAAUAGAAUAAUAAAUUUGAGACUACUCGGUUUAAGAGUUGUGGGUUUACCUAUGUCAAUAGAUAAUAGAAAAUAUAUAAGAAAUGCCUUGAUAUUUAAUUUAGCGUUCGUUUUUGAUGAAAAGUUUGAUGGUAUAGCUUAUGAACCCAUCGUUGAGAAGAUGGCGUAUUAUUUAAAAAAAUUAGAGUCUGAAGAGGAAUUCCUCUACAUUAAGGAGAAGAAGAGUAGAUUACCUGAUAUUUUGAAGGAUAUGAGGGAAGAACUAAACAAGAACGGAUUCUGCGCCGUUCCACUUACUGAAUCUCUAACUGCUCAUCUUUCUUUGGGGAGAACGUGGGACGUACCGCCCGAAUUCGAGGAGCAUGACGUUCCUAUUUUUUAUCCCGAUUUAGAAUACUUAAAAUGCUGUGAGAGAGUUGAUAUAACUACAAGACAAGUUAUGUCGUUAAUCGAUGGCAGAAGAUAUGUUACUGCUUUAGCAUCCGAUUCAAAUAUCCAUAAAGAUAUUAUAAAAGUCUGCUUAAAGAAUUUAUUGCAUUUCAAAGUUAUAACAACGGUUCCUAUGUUUCAAUAUUCUAACACCUACGUCGUAACGGAUCAAUUUAAUGAAAUAUUUAAGGAGGAUAAGAAAUCAGAGUGCCAACGUUAUGUUGCACUUAUAGAUACCUCCUUGCCGUCUAUAUCUGAUAUAUUUUCUAUUUUACUUGCCAUAAAACCGGGUCUUACUGUAAAAGAAUUAUAUAAACGUACACAUCCAGAGUCAUUGGGUAUUGAUCUCUUUCGGCUUAUACAAUGGGCUGUAAUGCGAAAGGUCAUACGACGCGUUCAUAAAUAUCCUGUUAUGAAAAAGACUUGCACUCUGGGUGAAAGGAAACUAAUAUACGAUUAUUGUGACGGCCAUUACUGUAGUGAUAAAAUUUGUUGCGAAAGGCAAAUUGACUAUAGCCAGUUGGAGGCUGAAAUAGAAGAGGAUGAGCUUCUUGUGACAAUCUGCAAAUGAAUAUUGAUGACUCAUCAAAACCAUAGAAAAAAGGAGAAAAACAAGAUAAUUUAUAUAGAUAGAUGUGUAUUCCUCUGCUGGUUUUUUUUCCUGUUAUCUUUGUUAUUAUAUUAAAAAGAAGUUUUCUCUAUUGUUUUUCUUUUCCUUUACUUUCUAUGUCUAGAAGAUCUAAGAAUUAAAGUAUGAUGAUAGAAAGAGAAGUAAGAGAGAAAGAUAUAAAGAAAUUAAUAUAUAAACAUAUAUAGAGGAGUUAUCGCUUAUGAAAUAUAAAAAGAGAUAUUUAUAGAGAACGUGUGAGGAGGGAAGAACAGAAAGGAACUAAAAGAUUAAAAUUUCUUUUUUUUUUUUAAACAAGUUUUUUCUUUUUUGUAAUUAAACUAAAAUUUUCAUUUUUUUUUAAUUCGUGUAUUCUAUUUAUACAUGUUUACUUUUUUUCUUUUUAAUAAUUAUUAAUGUUAAUCCAAAUCUGAAAUAUUAAUAAUAUAAUAUGAAG